UCAUCCCUACCAAAAGAAAAAAAAUAGUCGAAAUAUAUGCAAAAGUUCAGAUAAAUAUGAGAUUUGGGCUUAUCAUCCCUCACAGGCACAGUUACGUACUUCCAUCGACCUUUUCGCCCUCUUGCUUCUGUGUUAAUUUUUUUCCACAAAACCAUAACAACAAUCUCAAUCUCCCAUUCCCAGUAGGAAAGGGCAAGAUUAGUUGUUGCAGUAAGAGUGAGGUGUUGAAGAGUGAUUUAAUGGAACCUAAAGCAGAGGCUUUGGUGGUGAACAAGUCGAGAACCCUUUAUUCUCCCAUUGACCCAUACAGCACUGGAAAUUUAAAGGUUUCAGAUGUUCACACACUCUACUUCGAGCAAUCAGGAAAACCCGAUGGCCACCCAGUCGUUUUUCUUCACGGAGGGCCUGGAGGAGGGACUUCUCCUAAUAAUAGGAGAUUCUUCGAUCCUGAGUUCUACCGGAUUAUUCUGUUUGACCAGAGAGGUGCAGGAAAGAGUACCCCACAUGCUUGCUUGGAGGAAAACACCACAUGGGACCUUGUGAAUGACAUUGAAAAACUGAGAGAACAUUUGAAAAUUCCAGAAUGGCAGGUUUUUGGUGGAUCUUGGGGAAGCACUCUAGCACUUGCAUACAGCCAGUCUCACCCUGACAAGGUUACUGGUUUGGUCCUUAGAGGGAUUUUUCUGUUGCGGAAAAAGGAGAUUGAUUGGUUUUACGAAGGUGGUGCUGCUGCUAUAUACCCUGAUGCUUGGGAGGAGUUCAGAGAUCUGAUUCCAGAAAAUGAGAGAGGUAGCCUUGUGGACGCAUAUCACAAGAGACUGGACUCUGAUGAUAUGGAAACUCGAUAUGCAGCUGCAAGAGCUUGGACCAAAUGGGAAAUGGCGACUGCUUAUCUUCUUCCGAAUAAUGACAACAUUCAAAAGGCAGAAGAUGAUAAGUUUUCAUUGGCGUUUGCAAGGAUUGAAAAUCACUACUUUGUUAACAAGGGUUUCUUUCCAUCUGACUCAUACUUGCUAGACAAUGUUGAUAAAAUUCGACAUAUUAAGACCACCAUCGUUCAGGGAAGGUAUGACGUAUGCUGUCCUAUGAUGUCUGCUUGGGAUCUGCACAAAGCAUGGCCAGAGGCAGAGCUCAAGAUUGUUGAUGAUGCUGGGCACUCGGCAAAUGAGCCAGGAAUAGCAGCGGAACUUGUGGCUGCCAAUGAAAAGAUGAAAGCACUUAUGGGUUGAAGCAUAUGAUGGAAUGAAGCUGCUCAUUUUGUUCAUUUCUUUGGGACUUAUGCUCAUAUUUUCAAGUUUGUUUUUGAAAGUUAACAUUACAUUCACAUAAGCAUGGGCAUUCGCAGAGUGUGUUGAACGUGAACCAAAUGUUAUUCACAUAAGCUGCAAUGUUUUGAAACCCGGACCGAGAUGAUGAUUGUUACUUGGAAACUAA